CAUCCUGCACGCCCCGCUGCGCUUUCCGUGCACCCCCCUUCCCCUGCACCCCCUUCCCCACGCACCCCAGCCAUGAACGGUUCGGCGCUGGGCUCCGAGGGGGGCUGGCAGCCCGAGGCGGUGCUGAUCCCGCUGGCGUACCUCCUCAUCUUCCUCGUGGGCACCGUGGGCAACUGCCUGGUCCUGGCGGUGCUGCGCAACGGGCAGGUGAACAACACCACCAACCUCUUCAUCCUCAACCUGGGGGUGGCCGACCUCUGCUUCAUCCUCUUCUGUCCCUUCCAAGCCACCAUCUACACGCUGGAGGGCUGGGUCUUCGGGCCCUUUCUGUGCAAGGCCGUCCACUUCUUCAUCUACCUCACCAUGUACGCCAGCAGCUUCACCCUGGCCACCGUCUCCCUCGACAGGUAUUUGGCCAUCCGCUACCCCCUGCACUCGCGGGAGCUGAGGACGCCCCGGAACGCCCUCACGGCCAUCUGCCUCAUCUGGGGGCUCUCCUUCGUUUUCUCGGGCCCUUACCUCAGCUACUACCAGCAGUUCCAGCUGGCCAACCUGACCGUCUGCCACCCCAUCUGGGACAUCUCCCGCCGCAAGGCCAUGGACCUCUGCACCUUCGUCUUCAGCUACCUCGUCCCGGUGCUGAUCCUCAGCCUCACCUACACGCGGACCAUUCGCUACCUGUGGAGGUCCGUGGACCCCCUCCAGGACAUGUCGGAGUCCAAGGCGGCCAAGAGGAAGGUCACCAGGAUGAUCAUCAUCGUCGCCGUCCUGUUCUGCCUCUGCUGGCUGCCCCAUCACCUGCUCAUCCUCUGCGUCUGGUUCGGGUACUUCCCCCUCAACCACGCCACCUACGUGCUCCGCGUCCUCUCGCACCUCGUCUCCUACGCCAACUCCUGCGUCAACCCCAUCGUCUACGCCCUCGUCUCCAAGCACUUCCGCAAGGGCUUCAAGAAGAUCUUCAACUGCCUCCUGCAGAAGAGGGCGGCCAACAAGGUGCACGCGGCCCAAGCGACCAACACGGUGAGCACGCUGGAGGCAGAGCUCAGCGAGGUGACCCAGGCCCUGCCCCGCCGCUGCUCCGCGCGCUGCGAGGUCCCGGCCGGGCCCUGGGGGGAGGCCGAGGCAGCGGGGGGACAGCAGCAGGGAGCAGCCGGCUCCUUCAUCACCUUCAAUGUCACCUAGCGGAGCUGCUCCCCGUCCCGUGGCUUCGCCAGAGCUCCCGCGGUGUCACAGGUUUGGGGAUGGACUGCGCUUUGCGUUUAAGUACAUCAAAUCUUCCCCUUUUCCCUUCGAACGCUCCCAGAUCUAGAACUGCUGAAACGAUGCUGCUCGCUGUGGGCUCAGCCAAGCGAACGACUGAGGAGCCAAGCGCAGGAUUCGUUUCCGCCCAACGUGUGCUGAGAGCAGAGAGAUCAAAACCCCAGAUCGGUUCUUGUGUUUGAUCCCCUGCUCCUCUGCCAGGGGCAGACGGACACCCUGCCGCGUCUGUGCCUUGGGCCCUUGCAAGAGCUCCGAUCCCCCCGACCACAGCAGCCUUUGGCUCUCACUUUGGUGCGUGCGAGGGCUCCGCAGAGCACCUGGAGGUCACCCAGGAGCACGGCCACAGCCCCACGGGGCCUCCCGGGAGAGGUCAGGGUUGCCGGCGGAAGCCAGACGGGACAUCAGGGGGACAGACAGCCCGGGCAGGGCUCAGCACCUCACCCCAGGCGAGCCUUCCAGCAGAGAGGAGAGCACGCAGCCUUGG